AUGUCUCAAAACAGACACACCCAUCGACGAGCACCAAGAGACAGACCUGAUGACCGUCUUGGAAACCUUAAGCUUCGGAUACCUGUCUUUGGAGGCACUAGCAACCCUGAUGACUAUCUGGAUUGGGAGAAGAAGAUUGAGUUGGUGUUCGACUGCCAAGACUAUUCAGAAAGGAAGAAGGUGAGGCUUGCUGUAACUGAGUUCAAUGGUUAUGCCUUGCAUUGGUGGGAUCAGAUUGUUACCACAAGAAGGAGGACUGGGGAAGCACAAGUUGCAUCCUGGUAUGAACUCAAGACUCUUAUGAAGAAACGCUUUGUGCCAAGUUAUUAUGGAAAAGAGGUGCAUCAAAAACUCAGGAGACUUACCCAAGGCACGAGGGGAGUAGAAGAAUACUAUCAGGAGAUGGAAACUCUUAUGCUUAAAGGUGGAGUAGCUGAAUCAGAUGAAGCUACCAUGGCACGUUUCCAGGCUGGGUUGAGCAGAGACAUUCAGGAUCGCAUAGAGAUGUAUGAGUAUGAGGAUAUCUUCGAGUUGUUACACAAGUCCAUCCUUAUAGAGCAACAGCUAAAGAGGAAGAAUCCAACCAAGGGCUCUUAUGGCAACAACUACAAGCCGUCCGCUACCAAAGAAGAGAAACCAUGGAUGAAGAAGGAAGAUCUCAAGGGAAGCCAGCAGGAUGAUAAGGGGAAAUCAACCACCACGAGAUCCCGAGAUGUGAAGUUCGUUUCAGAAGAAGAACCAGCUGUUGCAUCAGAGGAAGAACAGAUUGAUUAUCCAGUUAACGGACAGCUCCUGGUUGCAAGAAGAUCGCUUCAAGUCCAGAUCAAACCAGAGGAGACUGAUCAAAGAGAAAAUCUCUUCCACACUCGCUGCACAGUCUAUGACAAGGUCUGUAGUUUGGUAAUUGAUGGUGGGAGUUGUACCAACGUUGCAAGUGAGGCGCUUGUGGAAAAGCUUGGGCUGAAGACUGGAAAGCAUCCUAGGCCUUAUCUACUUCAGUGGUUGAAUGAUCAAGGGGAGCUGAAGGUGACUGAGCAAGUAAUGGUCCCUAUUACUAUUGGGAGGUAUCAAGACGAGAUUGUUUGUGAUGUCUUACCUAUGGAUACAAGUCACAUCCUGCUAGGAAGGCCAUGGCAAUAUGACAAGAAGGUGAUUCAUGAUGGCUUCACUAACCGCCACUCAUUCACUCAUAGAGACAAAAAGAUUGUUCUUGCUCCUCUCUCACCACAGGAAGUACACCAUGAUCAAGUCCAGCUUAAGCUUAGGAGGAAAGAAGAUAAGGACAAGGUACCCGCAUCUGAGAAACAAACAAAAGGUAUUCUUCUAAAUGCUAAAUCUAGUGAUCUCAGGAAAGCAGCACACUUGAACCAGUCUAUGAUCUUAAGAGAGUCCAAAUGGUUUGCCUCCACUCCGAGGGAUUGA